AUGGGUCAGAUUCGAGCAAACUUACCACCACCUGGAUUUAACCACCUUACUCACUCACUCUCCAACACCACAAUCAAGCUUGAUAUACCCAAGUUUGAUGGAACUGAUACCCUCAACUGGAUCUUCAAAAUUACACAAUUUUUUGACUUUCACCAAACAGCUGAAGAUCAACGUCUCCGAACGGCUUCCUUCUAUAUGGAGGGAGAAGCUCUUACUUGGUUCCAAUGGAUGUUUUCCAAUGGACAACUCAGAUCAUGGCAAGCGUUUCUUCAAGCCCUAGAACUGAGAUUUGCUCCAUCUCUCUAUGAUGACCCGAAAGGCGCACUUUUUAAGCUCUGUCAAACCACCACCGUUACAGAAUACCAAACCGCCUUUGAGUCACUCGCUAAUCGCAUUGUAGGUUUGCCUUCUGAUUUCUACUUAAGUUGCUUUAUCUCUGGCCUUAAACCUGCGAUACGUCGCGAGGUUCAAGCUUUUCAGCCAUUAUCCCUUUCUCAUGCCAUUAGUUUAGCUCGCCUCCAAGAAGCCAAAAUUAAUGACCGUCCUCAACCUAACUACCUUCGCCGCACCGAAACCUCUCCACCAGUUACCACAAACACAUCUCUCACUCAAACCAACAUAAACCAACGCCAUAACAUCCGACCUGCCUUAACUACAACCCCUCUCGCACCGUUAACAAAAACCCCAACCCCUAUCAAACGCCUAUCGCCGGCAGAAUUACAAGCACGCCGCGAAAAGGGCUUGUGCUACAAUUGUGACGAACUUUAUCAUACUGGUCACCGCUGUCAACGCCGAUUUCACCUCCUUAUAGCCGAACCUGACCCAAUUGAAUCAACCUCUCACACUGCAACCCAACUAUUGUUAGAAGCAGCCUCUACCCAACCACUUGAACCUGAAAGCGUUGACGACCCAGCUCAAAUUAGCUACCACGCAUUAGUGGGCCAUUCCGUUCCUCAAACGCUGCGUGUAAUGGGUCGUAUUGGCAAACAACAAGUGUCUGUACUAAUUGAUGGUGGUAGUACAAAUAACUUCAUCCAAGAUAGACUUGUUAAACAAUUGGGCUUGGAACUUCAACCCACAGAUGCCUUCAAUGUCUUAGUAGGAAAUGGCGAGGAACUACCAUGUGGUUAUCUGUGUCGUCAAUUACCUAUUUUAUUGGGCCCCAAUGAAUUUUUUGUUGAUUUUUUUGUCCUACCCAUUAGUGGAGCUGAGUUAGUUUUGGGGGUCCAGUGGCUUAAAACACUCGGUCCAAUUCUCACAGAUUAUAACACACUCACAAUGAAAUUCAUCAUCAACAACCAAACCAUCCUCCUUCAAGGCAUUCCCAAACCUCACCCAACAGAAGCUUCACUCCACCAACUAAAAAGAAUGAUAUCUACCAAAGCCAUUGACACUUGCUUACAACUACACCUUAUCUCCCCACAACCUUCACCUCCCACUCCCACUACAACUCCUAAACUUGUCACUACCUUACUUGACCAAUUCAAUCAACUAUUUGAAACUCCAACUCACCUUCCUCCCUCAAGAAACACUGAUCACCAAAUACCCCUCCAAACCGGGACCAAUCCAGUGAAUGUCAGACCAUAUCGCUACCCGCAUUUUCAGAAGCGUGAAAUUGAAACUCAGAUUCGUGAGAUGUUAACUCAGGGCAUUAUUCGCCCCAGCUCAAGUUCUUUUUCCUCUCCGGUUCUCCUUGUACGCAAGAAGGAUGGCACGUGGAGGUUCUGCGUAGAUUAUCGUGCUCUCAAUUAG